AUGAGCAAACGAAACAGACAAGAUUUUGAAAAUCAUCAAUUCAUUAAUUUGGAGGAAAUAUUCACUAACAAUACUAAUAUGGAAGAGAAAGCAAAGCUUGUAAAACUCGAAAAAGAAAUAUUUUCAGAUGAUGUUUGUUUUGAAAUAAUUUCAAUGCUUGAUUCGUGGUUUAUUUUAAAUAAUUGUACUUUAAUUUCAAAACAAUGGUUUAAUGUGAUCAAGGAACGUUCAAAACUUGUUAUUCAAUUUAAAAAACAAUUUACAGAAAAUAGAAUUGAAUUGUUAAUGAAAAGUCAAUUCAUGAAUAGUAUUGUAAAUGUUAAGUGUUCCUUUAGGUUGCUUAACUCUCCAGAUAAAGUUAAAUUCAUAAGUGGAAUGAAACAAUUAACAUUACUUAAUAUUGGGAACAAUCAAAUUGGUGUAGAAGGAUCCAAAUUCAUACAUGAAAUGAAACAAUUAACAUCACUUGAUAUAUAUUAUAAUGAAAUUGGUGUAGAGGGAUCCAAAUUCAUAAGUGAUAUGAAACAAUUAACAUCACUUAAUAUUAGUCACAAUCAAAUUGGUGUAGAAGGAUCCAAAUUCAUAAGUGAAAUGAAACAAUUAACAUCGCUUGACAUUAGUCACAAUCAAAUUGGUGUAGAAGGAUCCAAAUUCAUACGUGAAAUGAAACAAUUAACAUCACUUUUUAUUGGUGCUAUUAGAGAACAAUAA